AUGUCCUUCUAUCUAGACUCGGAACAACGCCCAUCGCCCGCCUCGUUGUUUGUACCUGCUUGUUACAUCCUCCUUUCUUUCUUACUCGAACAUACACCUCUCUCUUAUCCUAUCAUACAAACUAUGAUGAGCGCUGUACACACCACAGUCACACAAACACUUCUCAAGCGAGACUUAAUAAUUCCGUUGCAACCAUCAACUAAACGCAUCGAUCUGGCUCGUAUCGCUCGCACGAUGGCUGAACUAUCAAUGUUUGAACAACACCAACUGGCAAUCCUAUCACCCUCGCCUAGCAAACACGAAGAUGUCGCGCAAAGCACAGACAAUGUUACAUUUGAAUGUCCGACCCUACAAGGCGAUCCGUCUUUAAACGUCAAGGCGAUCCUCACACGCCUUAGCGACCAAAUCGCACGCCUUGACAACCAAGUAGAAGAACUGCAAUGUCAGCUAAUAGGCGAACGACAAGAACGUGUUUUCGAGCAAAACAAGUUGUUAACAAGGCUGGCAACCCUUCAGCCCGUCACCCAGCGCAUCCUCAUAGAUGCUUACCUCUCUGUCCGAGGUUACAACACUUCUUUGGGUCCGCGAAAAACCUGGAUCCACUCAAACAUAGCACGGCUUUUACCUCCUCGCACCACUGUCAGUGGACUUGCAUUCGAACAGAAGUUGGAGACUUGCCGCCAACAAGGACACCACAGUGCUCACUUGACGGAAAGCCUCGCCAUCGCACUGUCUUUUAGCGAUACAAGGCCCACAGAUCCAGAUUUUGAGUUCAUGUUUUAUGAAUGUUUUACCCACAGCAUAGAAGAAGAAUUGGAUGGGAGGAUUGCCUCGACGCCGGUGGAGAUUAGCCAAGAUGGCGUAGCUCAACUCCAGCCGACGCCUUCCCCUGUAAUAACCAACUUUACAAGAGCUGUCCCCUACGAAGCCUAUGGUUCAAACUGUCGUCUCGUCAACCUCCUCUUUGAAACGUUCGUGCUCCCCGGACACGCAACCCCCAGGACUGAGCCCACUUCCCAAAAACCACUUCUCGAGCCAUGUAAUUCGCCAGAAAGGCGCAAUGCAAAUUUUGACACAAUAGGGGGUUUCACAGUAGGCCAACUUAGGUCCCAACUUAAUCCCCAACUUGGACAAAGUUUGACCAACUUCAUCAAGUUGGGAUGCAAAUCGUGGUCCCGACGCCGAUUUGCAGCCAACUUUGAUCCCAACUUGGUGCCCAACUUCACCUUCCAACUUCCCACGUAUCCAAAAUAG